AUGGAAAAGCCUACAGUAGUCGAGAAACGUGAGCCUUGCGAAAAGAAACCAGAAGCGAAAGAAGUGGACGUUCCAAUGGCGACGCUUGCCCUUUCCCCCGCAACAUGUUAUCUGACAGAUGACCCCUACAAUGGCCGAGGCUACUCACGCCUCUCCAUGAUCACGAUGGUCAUCUUCAGUGGCCUCGCAAUCGGGUCGGAUGGCUUCAACGCUUCCAUCAUUGGGAACCUGGAAUUGAUCAUGGCCGUCAUUUAUCCGAAGUCGCUGACCACGGCUGUAGCCGCUAGGUUAUCCAACGCAUUCAUGGUCGGUAUGAUUAUCGGCAUGCUUUCAUUUGGUUACAUCUCUGAUAAGAUGGGGCGCAAGGCUGGCGCUGUUCUAACAACCACAAUUUUGGUUUUGGGGAUUGCGUUGAGUGCCGGUGCUAGCGGGCUGACCGAGGAUGGGAUGUUUUGGAUGCUAAUCAUAGCCCGCGGAAUCGCAGGUGUUGGAGCUGGCGGAGAGUACCCUGUUGCAGGGGCUGGUGCUGCUGAAGCCACAGACGAGGCUCCGAGCAUUAGGAAGCGAAGAGGCUUUAUUUUUGCAAUCAUUGGUGACCUGUCGGCAUCCCUUGGAUUUGCCUUUGGUUCUCUGGUACCACUGAUUUUGCUUUUGUGUUUUCAUCAACAAGUAAAACACUAUGAAGCUGUGUGGCGAGUCUCAUUGGCCAUGGGGGCCAUUGCUCCUCUUUCGAUCUUCUGGUUUCGCUAUCGGAUGGUUGUCAGCUCAGCAUAUCGCAAGAGCUCUAUGAAAAAGCAGAGGCUACCCUAUUGGCUAGCGAUCAAAAAGUAUUGGCGGCCUUUGCUGGGUGUUUCUGGUUCGUGGUUCAUUUACAACUACAUUUCCUAUCCUUUCGGCCUGUUUUCAUCCACCAUCGUCGGUCAGGUAAAUCCGUCCUCUUCCUUGGCGCUCACAAUGGCCUGGGGAACAUUGAUCAAUUGCUUCUAUAUUCCCGGCGCUUUCAUUGGUGGUUUUCUCUCGGACCGUAUUGGCCGCCGCCGCACUAUGGCACUGGGGUUCUUCCUUCAGGCCAUUCUUGGCUUCAUCCUAGGAGGAGCGUUGGGCCCGAUCCAGACAAAUCUACCACUAUUUAUCGUGCUCUAUGGCAUAUUUCUUACCCUCGGAGAGGUCGGCCCAGGUUCUACAAUUGUUCUUACUGCCAGUGAAAGCUUUCCCACGUCAGUUAGAGGCCAUGCAGUAGGACUAGCUGCUGCAUGGAGUAAGGCCGGGGCGGCGAUUGGAACUCAAGUCUUCAAGCCAAUCAUGGCUACAUGGGGCGAUGAUGAGCUUCAUGGCACUCAGGCCGUCUUUCUCAUUGGAUCAGGGUUUGCCGUACUCGGAGCUUGCCUGGCGUGGUUUGUGCUCCAGGACAGUAAUAAAAUCCUCGAUCACGGUGACCAGGAGUGGAAGGAUUAUCUGGUUGCUCAUGGCUACUCAAACAUUGAAUGGGGCAAUGGAGAGCAAGAGGCUAUACCGGACCAAAAACUGGCUGAUUAG